UAAUCGCAAAAACAAAGCGAUAAAUUCCUUUAUUUCCAAAUACAUAUGAUUUCCGAACAAUAUUUUAUACUCAGUUGUGAAUUGGCAACCGAAAAUGUCCAACCUAGCUGCAGACUUGGAACUGUGGAUGACCAAUCUUCCGCAGUCGUUGAGAACGACACCGCUCAUCUAUUUAGCAAUACCAGGUUCCCACGACAGCGGAACCUUCGAUAUCUCCCCAGCCUCAGAUGUAGCCCCCGACGCUGAACCCAUCCUCCAAAUUCUGAGCGUCCUGGGUUGCGUGGUUAAAGAAAUUCUAACCCAGUGGUCUCUCACCCAAUACUACACCAUCCGACAACAACUAUACCGAGGAAUCAGAUACUUCGACUUUAGAAUCGCCACCAAGAAGAGUAAAGACUUGUUUUAUUUCGUGCACGGGUUGUAUUCAGAAGAGGUCAUCGUGGAACUGGAAGAAAUCAAGGAUUUUCUGGAGCAGCACCCAAAAGAGAUUGUGAUUCUCGACUGCCAGCACUUCUACGGGUUGGAAACCUACGACCACAAGCGGUUCGUGCACCUUUUGGGCACCGUUUUCGGGGAAAAACUGUUACCGUAUAGUAGUGAUAUGAAAAACAUCACGCUAGAUUCCAUGAGCGAAGACCAGCGCCAAGUUAUUGUUAUUUACAGAGAAAGUCCUCCAGGAGUGGUAAACCCGUUCUGGCCGUCGCAAAGCUUCCCGAAUCCCUGGGGCGACAAAAUCGUGGCUUCGAACCUCAUCGACUAUUUAAAUGAACAACUGAAACUCAGGGAUUAUUCGUUGGGUUAUGUUUCGCAGUGUAUUUUAACACCGAGUGCUUCAUAUAUUUUGCGACAUCUGUGCAGUAAUUUGUACAGUAAAUGUUUUCUACCUCUGGAAGAAAAAAAGUAUGAGUGGUUGAAUAGUCAAACUCCGGGCCCUACGGGUAUUAAUAUUGUGAUUUCCGACUUCGUGGACCAUGGGGACGACCAAUUUCCUCGUACUGUGGUCAACUUGAAUGAGAAAUUAUUGGAUAGUAACCAAAAUUUGAGUAACGCUUAAUCCAUUUAUCUAUGUAUGUACUCCGUAUUUUACUACGCAAAUAUUUAAAUAAGUAUGUGAUAAUAAAUAAAAAAUAUGGCUUGCUA